AACAAAAUGAAAACCGUAAUUGUGUUCGCCGUUGUUGUCGCUCUGGCCCUGGCUGCUCCCCUGGAUGACUCCAAAACCGCCCAGAUCCUGAAGUACGAAAACGAUAACAUUGGAGUCGAUGGAUACAAAUACGCUUUCGAAACCAGCGAUGGCCAGUCCCGCCAGGAGCAGGCUGAACUGAAGAAACUGGGAGAUGACGUCGAAGCUCUGGUCGUUCGUGGAACAUUCUCGUUCACCGCUGCUGACGGACAGGUUUACACCGUAAACUAUGUUGCCGACGAAAACGGAUUCCAACCGGAAGGCGCUCAUCUGCCCAAGGCAUAA